UUAAUUCACAUAUUUUAGUUAAUCUUCGUGUCGAAAAGAAAUAAGCUAUUUUUGACGGGACGGAGGAAUAUAGAACAAGAUUAAAACUCACGGCAUUGGAAAACAUGGUCCUCUCUUGGUGGGGCACGCUAGUUGUGGAAAAGAAAUUAUUGGUGUAACGCCAUUGACUUGCUCCAAGUAAGUCUUUGGCAGUUUGGCACCACUUUUAUCCUCUUAGUUGCCUCAAAUCUGCUAAACAUGGCCCUUACUCACUACAACGAUGAUGUCCCACGCUCUUUCUCUUUACCUGGUCUUGCUCACCUGCAUAUUUUCAACAGUCCAAAUCAGCAGCGCCUUCACGCCGCCGGCCUACAUCGCCACGGAGUUGAUCCUCCUCAGCUGCGGCGCGUCGACAAUCACAAACGACACCAGCCUCCGGAGUUGGGUCGGCGAUACCCGUUCAAGAUUCAUGCCAUCAAACGCCUCCUCCAUAUCUUCAGCUUACGAAGCUUCCACUAUGGACCCUUCGGUUCCUUUAGUCCCUUACCAGACUGCUCGUCUCUUCCAUUCCGCUUUCACAUACACUUUUCCGCUCGCCACAGGCAAGAUAUUCCUCCGUCUUUACUUCUACCCCGACGCCUACUCCCACUACAACACUUCUCAAUCAGUUUUCUCUCUCUUUGCAAAUGAUUUCACUUUAUUAACAUACUUCAGCGCCUUUCUUUAUUCCAAGUACAACUCACUUCCUUCUUUCAACAAAGAGUUCAUCAUUAACAUCGACCAACAGCAGGGACUGAGACUAACAUUCUCCCCGAAUCCAAAUUUCUUUGCUUUCGUCAACGGGAUUGAAAUCGUUUCGGUUCCGGAUAAACUCUACUUCGAUGUGCCAAUCAAGGACAACGCGUAUCUCGAAGGUGUGACGUAUCUGCAACUGCAAAACAAUACGUCUUUGGAAAAUCUCUACCGCCUCAAUGUUGGCGGCGGCGCCGUCGGAAUUGCAGACGACAGCGGCAUGUUCCGGGGAUGGUCCCCAGAUAAUGAUUUCAUAUUCGGAGCGGAGUAUGGUUACACUCCCCACCUUGAGAAUACCGUGAUCAAGUACACGCGAGAAACUCCUCCUUACAGUGCGCCGCCGAUCGUGUACACGUCUGCGAGAGUGAUGGCGAACACCACCAUAAGUCUGGAGUGGGGAUUCCCUGUGGAUUCUGGGUCUUACUAUCUCCUCAGACUCCAUUUCUGCGAGUUCACGCUCGACGUCACCAAGCAAAACCAGAGGGUGUUCACCGUUGCUAUCAAUAAUCAGACGGCUGAGAUCGAGGUCGACGUCAUUACUUUGGCCGGCGGCCAUGAUAUUCCCAUCUUCAGAGACUAUGUAACGUGGGUUCCCGACGACGGUCGUCGUGGAAAGCAAGACCUGCGGCUUUCUUUGUUUCCGAUGCUUGAUGGAAUUCCGAAGUAUGAGAGCGCUCUGUUGAACGGGUUAGAAAUAUUUAAACUCGGUGAUGCGAAAGGGAGCCUUGCAGCCGUCCCGGAGCUCACGCCGCCGCCGCGGAAGAGAAAGAGUAUAAUUUACGCUGUUACAGGGAGUGUAGCCGGAGUUGUUACGGUGGUUGCAGCCAUUGCCUUCUUGAUCUUCCGGCGGCGGCGGAAAAUGAAGGACUCGGCGACGAGCGUCGCCAAGUCAUCGACGGGGUCAAGCUGGUCCAUCGCCAGAACUAGCGGAUCAGCUGCCAUCUCCCUGCCUACCGAUCUCUGCAGAUACUUCUCCUUCGACGACAUCAAAACCGCCACCCGCAACUUCGACCACAACUUCGUCAUCGGCAAGGGAGGCUUCGGCAACGUCUACAAAGGCCUCAUCGACCACGCCACCACCACCGUCGCGAUCAAGAGGCUCAACCCUUCCUCCAGCCAAGGCGCCUGCGAGUUCCUCACCGAGAUCGAGAUGCUCUCCAAGCUCCGCCACCUCCACCUGGUCUCCCUCAUCGGCUACUGCGACGACGACGGCGAGAUGAUCCUCGUCUACGACUACAUGGCCCACGGCUCCCUCCGCGACCACAUCAUCAACAACUCCGAGAAUUCACCAUUAACGUGGAAGCAGCGCCUCCAAAUUUCCAUGGGCGCUGCAAAAGGACUGCAAUAUCUCCACAGCGGCACCAAGCACGCCAUCAUCCACCGCGACGUCAAGUCCACCAACAUCCUUCUCGACCACAACUGGGUGGCCAAGAUUUCAGAUUUCGGGCUCUCCAAAAAGGGACACUCGAACGAUUCCUUCACGCACAUCAGCACCAACGUCAAAGGCACCUUCGGCUACUUGGAUCCCAAAUACCUUUCAACUAAUCAGUUGACCAGAAAAUCCGAUGUGUACGCAUUUGGAGUGGUUCUCUUCGAACUUCUCUCUGGAAGGCCUGCCGUGGAUGUGAGGCUCGACGAGGAGCAACAUAGCCUGGCCGGAUGGGCUCGAUUUUGUGUGCGUGAAGGGCAAGUGGAUCGACUCAUCGACACAAACCUCGCGGGGCAGAUUUCAGCAGCUUGUUUGAAUGUAUUUGUUGGAAUAGCAGGGAGAUGCAUACACAUUCAGCCACUAGAGAGGCCUACUAUGGCAGAUGUGGUGAUGGGCCUCGAAUUAGCGCUCGCGUUACAGCUGACAACAGAAGUGGAAGACAUAACUGAUCACUCUCAACAAGAAUCUGUAGCACCACAAACAAUCAAAGUGAAGGGUGAAUUAGAAGAGACGAAAUUAAUUAAAUGCUCCCAGUUGGAGUGUGCUAUUAAAGUGUUCGACAGAAUGCCUGAAAGGGAUUGCGUGUCUUGGACCAUGCUGAUUUCUGGAUAUUCGGUUAAUGGGAAAAUGGGUUGCCUCAAAUCUGCUAAAACAAGGCCCCUACUCACUACAACGAUGAUGUCCCACGCUCUUCACCUGUUCUUGCUCACCUCUAUAUUUUCAACAGCCCAAAUCAGCAGCGCCUCCACGCCGGCCUACACCGCCACGGAGUUGAUCCUCCUCAGCUGCGGCGCGUCGACAAUCGCAAACGACACCAGCCUCCGGAGUUGGGUCAGCGAUACCGGUUCAAGAUACAUGCCAUCAAACGCCGCCUCCAUAUCUUCAGCUUCCGAAGCUUCCACUAUGGACCCUUCGGUUUUUGCAGUCCCUUACCAGACUGCUCGUCUCAUCCAUUCCCCCUUCACAUACACUUUUCCGCUCACCACAGGCCAGAAAUUCCUCCGUCUUUACUUCUACGCCAACGCCUACGCCCACUACAACACUUCUCAAUCACUUUUCUCUCUCACUGCGAAUUCUUUCACCCUAUUGAGAAACUUCAGUGCUUUCCUUUACUUCAAGAACAAUUCAUAUCCUUCUUUUAAGAAAGAGUUCAUCAUUAACAUCGACCAACAGCAGAGACUGAGACUAACAUUCUCCCCGAAUCCAAAUUCCUUCGCUUUCAUCAACGGAAUUGAAAUAGUUUCAAUUCCGGAUAAACCCUACUUCAAGGGAAACGAUGUGACAAUCAAGGACGUGUAUCUCAACGGUCAGACGUAUCUGCAAAACAACACGGCUUUGGAAAAUCUCUACCGCCUCAAUGUCGGCGGCGAUGCCGUCGAAAUUGCACACGACAGCGGCCCCCGCGGCAUGUUCCGGCGGUGGACCCCAGAUGAUGAUUUCAUAUUCGGAGUCUUUGGUGGGUGGACGCCGCAUACAGAAAGAGUUUCCCUGUUAGAAUACACCACCACAACUCCUGCGUAUACAGCUCCGCCUAUGGUAUACACAUCUGCUAGAAUAGUGGACUUCCAAUUCGGAACAAGUUUAGAUUGGGGCUUCCCUGUUGAUUCUGGAUUCUUGUAUCUGCUCCGCUUCCACUUUUGUCAAGCUAUGUAUCAAAACGACUGUGUGUUUACAUUAUACAUCAAUAACAAGGAAGCGGAAAACGAACUCGAUGUUAUCCUCUUGGCCGGUGGCUCUUAUAUUCCCACCUUCAGAGACUACGUUACAAGGGUUCCUGAUGACGGAUAUAGUGGAAAGCAAGACCUGCGCCUACAUUUGGAAGCUUUCUUUGAGAAACAAAACACACUUGCCUGCGCGUCGCUAAAUGGCUUAGAAAUUUUCAAACUCAAUGAUUCCACAGGGAGUUUUGCAGCCACCAACCUCGAGCUCAUGGUGGAUUCUUCUCCGCCGGCGAAGAAGAAAAACGGCGUUGUGACAUAUGCUGUCGUAGGGAGUGUUGUCGGCGUACUUGCGGUGGUUGCAGCCAUUGGCUUCUUCAUUCUCCGGCGGCGGCAGAAAAUGAAGGACGCGGCCACGAGCAUCACCAAGUCAUCGUGGGCAACACUUUCCACCGCCAGAACUAGCGGAUCAUCAGCUGCCAUCUCCCUGCCCUCCGAUCUCUGCAGAUACUUCUCCUUCGACGACAUCAAAACCGCCACCCGCAACUUCGACCACAACUUCAUCAUCGGCAGGGGAGGCUUCGGCAACGUUUUCAAAGGCCUCAUUGACAACGCCACCACCACCGUCGCGAUCAAGAGGCUCAACCCCUCCUCCAGCCAAGGCGCCCGCGAGUUCCUCACCGAGAUCGAGAUGCUCUCCAAGCUCCGCCACCUCCACCUGGUCUCCCUCAUCGGCUACUGCGACGACGACGGUGAGAUGAUCCUCGUCUACGACUACAUGGCCAACGGCUCCCUCCGCGACCACAUCAUCAACAACUCCGAGAAUCCACCAUUAAUGUGGAAGCAGCGCCUCCAAAUUUCCAUGGGCGCUGCAAUAGGACUGCACUAUCUCCACAGCGGCACCAAGCACGCCAUCAUCCACCGCGACGUCAAGUCCACCAACAUCCUUCUCGACCACAACUGGGUGGCCAAGAUUUCAGAUUUCGGGCUCUCCAAAAAGGGACACUCGAACGAUUCCUUCACGCACAUCAGCACCAACGUCAAAGGCACCUUCGGCUACUUGGAUCCCAAAUACCUUUCAACCAAUCAAUUGACCAGAAAAUCCGAUGUGUACGCAUUUGGAGUGGUUCUCUUCGAACUUCUCUCUGGAAGGCCUGCCGUGGAUGUGAGGCUCGACGAGGAGCAACAUAGCCUGGCCGGAUGGGCUCGAUUUUGUGUGCGUGAAGGGCAAGUGGAUCGACUCAUCGACGCAAACCUCGCGGGGCAGAUUUCAGCAGCUUGUUUGAAUGUAUUUGUUGGAAUAGCAGGGAGAUGCAUACACAUUCAGCCACUAGAGAGGCCUACUAUGGCAGAUGUGGUGAUGGGCCUCGAAUUAGCGCUCGCGUUACAGCUGACAAUAGAGGUGGAAGACAUAACUGAUCACUCUCAACAAGAAUCUGUAGCACCACAAACAAUCAAAGUGAAGUGUGAAUUAGAAGAGACGAAAUUAAAAUAACAUGUAGUUUUUGUAUCAACAUCGAUAGGUAGUCUUGCCAAGUGACAAAUGUAUGUCAGUGUAGAUUUGUUUUCUCUAUAUUUUGGUAGGCCUGGGAAUCGGGUCGGGUUCGGGUACCCUACCCGAAAAAAUCGGGUACCCGAACCCGAAAAUUCCCAAAACCCUAUACCCGAUCCCGACCCCAAAAACGAAAUCGGGUACCCGAGUCGGGUAUUCGGGUACCCUAAU